UAGCCGCAGGAGAAGUCAAGUCAGUUUCGAAUUGACUCAGAACUCAGUUUCGAGAGUUACAAAGAAGAAAAUCAAAAUGCAAGGCAAGAAUAUUGUUGGGGCUGCCACUCGCUACAUUGCUGGAAGAAAUGCAGUUCAGACCGUCUACUGGAGAGGUGUUAAGAGUUCUUCAGAAAACCAGAAGUUCAUGAAAGUGUUCAGAACCGUGCACUUUGCAAAACCCGCCAAGUCGUCUGCUGCACCCCAGCCACCAGCGAGGGUUAUAGAGGAACAAAAUAUUCGAUUUUAAGUUUGAUCAGUAUUUUUUCCUUAAUUUAUUAUUUUGUGGUUGUCAUUACUCAUGUAAUUUUGUUUUUAUAUUUGCCUAAACAGAUUUGUGAAUAAAUAAUUUUUGUAA